CCAGUAAUUGUCAUCUUCGAGAGUUUUUAUCAGGCGGUUCAGAGUGCACGUUCUCGCGUGAAAAGCCGAAAGUUAUUGUGAUUUCCCGGCAAAUUAGCGAAUAUUCUUGAACAAAAUGUCUCUGGCGGCGAAAAGACUCCUCCCUCUGCUGGACCGCGUCCUUGUGCAGCGCGCCGAAGCCAUCACGAAGACCAAAGGAGGAAUUGUGAUUCCUGAGAAGGCGCAAGUCAAGGUGCUCCAAGCCACAGUUGUUGCAGUUGGUCCAGGUGCCAGGAACAAGAACGGCGAUCACAUUCCACUAGCCGUGAAGGUUGGAGACAACGUCUUGCUGCCGGAGUACGGUGGCACAAAGGUCGAACUGGAGAACAAGGAGUAUCACUUGUUCCGGGAGUCGGACAUCCUGGCCAAAAUGGAAUAAUUGCCACAUUGCUGAAUUCUCUUUCCAAUCUCUUGCGUUUUCAUCCGGAAUCACUAAGUUUAAAAGUAGGGAUAGAAGCUGCAUUUAUGUUUUCCCUGGCAUCGGCGCUUUGGGUGGCAAAUUGUUACUCUCUUAGCCAGCCCAUAGUGAACAUGAAUGAGAAACCAUCGUAUUUGUACGUAGAAGUCGUUUAUAAUAAAACUAAUUACAAAAAGGGGA